AUGAUUCUUUCUACUACCUCUGAUAAUAAUAGUACCAUCAACACUGCUGUUGAAACUAAUCAACAACAAAAAGAAGAAGAAGAGGCCAAUCUAUUCGAAUUGUUUAACCUUUCUCCAAAUGUUUACACUUUCUCUCCUUCUGAAAUGGAUGAUGCUUUCCGUUACAUUUUCGGUGAUGAUUUGAGUGUUGUUACAGAAAGUACAAACUCCUCAGCAGAAGAGGAACAACUUUCUACAGAAAAUGUUGACAUUUCCAAGUCAACUUCUUUAAAUGAUAAGAAAGAAAUGAAUGAAUCCAUGGUGAGUGAAGAGGUGGAUCAACAGUCAUUGAUACGUGAGUCUGGUAUGGGAAUUGGUGUUAGUAAACCUCCACCAUUGACAAGUAGAGAGAAUAUUCCACAAUUUCAAUAUUUGAUCCCAAACCAAGGUAUUGACAUUCAUCCUUUACAACAUGUGAAUGAAUGCAUGACACAAGUCAACCAAGAAUCCAAUGCUAAAAAGAGAAAAAAUAACACUUCCGUUGGUGAUAAUGCAAAGAAACUGAAAUGUACUUUACCAUAUUUAGAAUUAAGUUCUCUAGAACUAAAGGAAUCAGCUCCUUCAAAUUCAGAUGACAUAAUGUACGAUUUUACUACCAAUCAUCCCAAGAUCCGUGAGAAACUUUAUAUUAAGGUUUCAUCUCCAUGUGAAUUGGUUCUGGAUACAUACUGGUCAAUGAAUAUUACUGAAAACCCAAAAGAACUUGGGAAAUUUACUCUUUCAUUUGAGAAAGUGGGUACUUAUAAUGCGACAACAUUGAAAUCACAUUUAGUUUCUGAAAUGCCUAAAUUAGAAAGUGAAUCGACUAAGAAAAAUGCACAUGUCUUAUUCCAUUUGAAGAUUGGUUCACAUGUAUUUCAUAUUCAUUCCAAAGGAAAAAUGAAAAAGAAAGGAAAUACUUCAUUACCAAGUGUAAUUGUAUUAGAUGUCAAUAAUCAAAGUGCCACUCUUGAAUUAGCUCCACAAUCUAAAACUGGAAAGAGAGGCAAUUUUCAAAGUGGGAAUUAUCCUUCCAUCAAAUUCAAAUCAGCUCAAUGA